ACGAAAUAGAUGGCCCCACUGGAAAGUAGCGGUUGAGAUCCAACUCCACGUCUCGAAGUCACCGUAAAGGCAUAGACUAUCCCACAUCAGAUCCAUGCGGCGGGAAAAUGGGGAAAGAGGCGGGAACAAAAACGGAGAGUUAUUCUGAUAUAAAGGACCCUAACAGAAAAUACUGAUAACCCAAAGGCUCGUCUUAACUGUUUUCGCAGCUUUUUCUGUAUUCUCAUUUCUUAGCUUUGUUCUCUGUACACGCUCAACAUGGGGAAGAAGAAGAGGUCCAGGGUUUCUCGUGAAGAAGUAGAAGCGGAAGAAGAAGAAGAACAGAAGGAGAACCUGCAUCAAUCUUCCACAGGGGAGAAGAGUCUCUACGAGGUCCUUGGAGUCAAGCGGACAGCAUCUCAACAGGAAAUAAAGAAAGCAUACUAUAAGUUGGCCCUGCGGCUACACCCUGACAAAAAUCCUGGUGAUGAGGAAGCUAAAGAAAAAUUUCAGCAAUUGCAAAAGGUGAUAUCAAUUCUUGGGGAUGAGGAAAAACGGGCUAUCUAUGAUCAGACUGGUUGUGUCGAUGAUGCUGAUCUUGCAGGGGAUGUUCUUGAAAAUUUGAGGAAUUUUUUCAGAACCAUGUACAAAAAGGUCACUGAAGCUGAUAUUGAAGAGUUUGAAGCAAAUUACAGGGGAUCUGAUUCGGAGAAAAAGGAUUUGAUUGACCUCUAUAGAAAGUGCAAGGGUAAUAUGAACAGGCUCUUCUGUUCCAUGCUCUGUUCUGAUCCUAAACUUGAUUCACACCGGUUCAAGGAUAUUCUGGAUGAGGCAAUAUCUGCAGGGGAAGUGAAGGCAAGCAAAGCGUACCAGAAAUGGGCUAAGCAUGUAUCUGAAGCAAAACCACCUACCAGUCCCUUGAAAAGGAAGAAGUCAAAUAAACAAUCAGAAGCAGAUCUGCUAGCUAUUAUAUCUCAGCGGCGAAGUGAGAGAAAAGACCAAUUUGAUUCCAUGUUCUCAUCUCUGGUGUCCAAAUAUGGCGGUAAUGCAGGUCCUGAACCUACGGAAGAAGAAUUUGAAGCUGCACAGAAGAAAAUUGAAAGCCAUAAGGCCUCCAAAAAGUUAAAGCGAAAGUAACUUGAGAUUGUGAGGGAACAAGGCCCGAGGACUUAAUUUUGUGUACAAACUUUUGUGUAUGCAGUAGUUGCAAAUACCUUUAUCUAGUCAUUUAACUGCUAAUUGAGCGGAUUUGAUGUUGCUUCUUUAUGUUAAAUACUUUUGAUGCAUUUUCCUUUCUGCAGGCUUAAAUUGUAAAACAAGAUAGGUAAAGUUGGAGUCUUUAUGAUUCUGCA